AUGCAUUGGGGCAAUAUUGGCAAAUCAAGGAUCAUUUUCCCAAAGAAUAUGGAGAAUGUUCAAAAAGCGGAGCUCUGUCAAGCAUUAGAGAUGAUUCAAUUGCUAACAAAUGUGAAAUAUUUGGGGAUACCAACUUACUGGGGAAGAUUGAAAUCCCAAACGUUGGGAUAUAUUCUAGAAAAGAAGGCACGAAAUGAGGCCAUUUUUGAGAUUAAGGACCCUGAUCCAAGAGCUGUGGUUUAUAAAACAAAUAGAUCUUGUACUGUCAUCCAUGUGGAGUCUGAAUCGUCUCUAGAUCAGGUGGGCAAUGCCACUGACGAUGAUAAUUCUGCUUGGAUUCCUCCAGAUCAGAACAAGGUGAAGUUCACUUGUGAUGGGGCGUAA